AUUUUUAAAUUAAGAAAAUUUUAAAAUGUUCCCAGGAAUACAAAAUACUUACCAAACACAUUUAUAAAAUUUACCCAGAAAUAACAUACCCGGUAAUCAUAUUCCUCCGGGAAUGUGAUCUCAAACCUUGAAACAAACGCCCCCUUGGUACUGGUUUACACUAACAGUCGACCGUCGACACCAUUCUAGGUUCUCCAUUACCAUUUGUUUAACAUGAUACAUCACUUUCCAAUGAAAAUGGGGUCAAUACGGUUGUGACAAGUGGCCAAUCCAAGUUCCCUCUUUAGAAAAAGCACUGGUGGUGUAUAAUAUGCUUCUAGUCAUUCAAUUCCUGAAUUCAUUUUAGACAGAUGCUAUCAUGUCCUGUCCCUAGCAUGAAUAACGACCGUUCAAAUCCAUACAAGAAAUAUAUAAAAAAACAAACGAACGAAGAAAUAAAUAAGAAACAAAAAGAGGAUCAAAUCUAGCAAAAGAACCGAUAUUUUAUCAUACUUUUUGAGCUUUGAAUAUAUCUCAUCUCAAAAUAUUUUAAUCUUCUCUGCAUACCAAAAGGCCUAUUUGCACCUUGAGUAGAGAAGGCAAAAACGUUUCUGCUAUUAACAGAAAAAAUUUAGAGGACUUCACCCUAUACUAUUUAUGCCUAGAAAGUUUAUCUAUUUAGCGGCGUGAUUACUUGCCACCGAAAACUAAGUAGCCCCAUGUGUCAACUCCAUCUUCAAAACUAAAACAACUACGCCAUUGCUCAAUCAUUCAGACCACAAAAGCCUUUGUACUAUCUCCAAAUUCCACCUAACAAUAAUUUUCUGGAAACCUAUCAUGAAGCUUCUGUUUGAUAGAGAAAUGCCUUCAUUGUCAUAAAGUGCAACCAAGCAAGCUCCUUACAUAGAGGAAUUUUCUUCUUCUAUUCAUUAGCUUAGCUUGUUUGACACUUGGCACCAGGGGAAAAAGGAUUCAGGCUUGAAAGAGAAUUAUGAUAGCAGCAUAUCACAAGGGAAGAGCAAAAUCCAAAAGUAGAAUUGGUAUAGUACCCUGUAAACCCCAUACAACAAUUUCAUGGAUGAAUUUCCUGGCUCAGUAGGCACCAGCGCCAGCUUGAGCCUGAGAUUAGGCCAGACCAUAUGCUCAUCUGCCUCACUUCUUUUCAUGUCUUUGGGAGUUGAAUUCUACAGCUACACAUCCUUCUGCUUUCUGGUAACAAUUAUGGGUUUGGUAAUACCUUGGAGUUUCACGUUAGCAGUGGUUGAUGGGUACUCAACUCUGGUAAAAUGCCCCGUUCGUCAACCAGGAAUACUGUUGAUUAUCAUUGUGGGAGACUGGGUGUUAUCAACCCUAACAUUAGCAGCAGCUUCCUCAACAGCAAGUGUGGUAGAUCUCCUGCUGAACUCCGACGGGUCUUUUUGUCCUAUAAAGUUUUGCUGCAGGUACAGGAUAUCUGCAGUUAUGGCCUUCCUGACAUGGUCUCUAUCUUUGGCAUCCUCUCUUUUUAACCUUUGGCUAUUACCCUCUUUGUGAUUCUCAUUUGAUUCCCCUGUGAAAAUAUUAGAUUAACCAUUGUUUAUUUGUAAUUUUCUUUUCGAUUUAGCAUGAUAUACCAUAGGGAACAUUUUUUGUGAAUGAUGUAUGAUUACAGAACUCAUAACAUGUAAAUGAGAAAGUUUAGAGUACAGAGAUGCUCAAUGUUAUACUGCACACAAGAGCACAAGGAUGUCAACUUAAGAAGACACUUCUAUGUCCAAUACUUAUACUGUGGUCCAUGGACAAUAGAAUUAGAAGAGGGGGUGGGAAGAGAGUCUCUUCAAGCGACAGUUACUCAAGGAGUCUAGUGAAUAUCAUUGUUGUGUUUCAUGAAGAAGAUCACUGUCUGCAGUUCUGCAGUUUGCUAAUCUUUUCACCUUGGAAGGUUUAGGCUCCAAUCAUGUCUUUCACCAUUACCUACUGGCUCCUGACACCAAGUCAACAAGUGGUCAAUUUGCAGGGAAGUCACAUGUAUAUACGAAAUCAACAACAAAUCAAGCAGUAUUACAUUUUGAUCACUAAACCGGCCUCAGAUGUAAAAGGGACUUCCUUUCUUUUUUGCGAUUGAAAAAAGCACCAUAGAACCCUCCCAGAUGGAAUAUAUCAUUUGGAAAUGUAUUCCUUUCAUUAGUAUUCAUAAAUCAAC